ACACCGAUGACAUUCAGAUGAAACCCUAUGAUUACGACACCUCUCAGGCCAAGCCGUGGCUCAACACUGCGCCGCCUAUUAAUAAGCCCCCGGAGAUGGCCGCACACGACAGGAAAAUGGAGUUCAUCGACAAUUGGAAGUCGGCAGUAUUCGCUCAGCGCACGAGACAACUGCCCCAAUGGGUGUCUGUCAUCAAAUCCCUGGCCACUCUACGUCAGGCGGCCUUUCUGUUGGUCACGUGGUUCAUGGGGUUCGGCAUCGGACUGGUCUUCACGUUCCUCUUCUGGCACUUACAAGACUUGGGCGGAACGCCUACUCUGUUCGGUGUGGCCUCUGUUAUCAACCAUAUCUCCGAGAUUUGCGCCUAUUUUUACAGCUAUUCACUCAUCAAAACCUACGGACACACAAAGGUC